UGUGCUGCGGAGGUGAAGACGAAAUUGUAAAGUGACUUUUUGGGGUUGGCACUCUGGCCAUCGUUGCGGUCAAUGGGGGCUGUGGGUGUGUGUGUCCGCCUGGACGUGUGUGGGGCUUAAGGUGUAACGACCCGGGCCUUUCUGGCCUCCUUCAAUGCCACAAUACACUCGCAGGCACACAGACACUGCGAAGGAAUUACAUUUCCGGCUUGGACGGUUUGCGGAAGUUUCGCGUCAAAUUAAAUGCUCAGGGCUAAAAUUAUGACAGCUCCCGAAUGGGCGGGAACUCUAGUCGUAUAAAUACACCCCGUCUGGAAUUGAUUGCCAUCAAAUCGUCAACAAAUUGACCAGCGAACAUGUGGAAAGGAUUGUGCUUUGGACUACUCUGCCUGGCUGUGGUCCAGGCGGCCGUCAUCCGUCCCGAAACUACAGAGGCAACCGCAACGACCACUCCCAUUCCCGAGGACGACGAGUCAACCACCACUGUGGCCAGCAAUACUUCUGCUUUGAGUCGCGAUGAGGAGGCCAGCAUAUUGAUUGAUCCCGCGCCAGGAACAUUGCAGGAGGAUGAGGCUCCGGUUCAGGAAAAGUCCGGAAAACUCCUGCUUCUAAGCACGCCACCCAAAAGGCCCGUCGAAAUUGAAAGGCAGCUGGAGGAGGACGAGGAAGAUGAGCAGGAUAGUCCCGCUGAAUCGGAGCCAACCACAACCGUGCCACCGACCGCUGCGGAGGAGGAGAUAAAGCAGGAGGAACCGGAGGAGGAGGAGGCAACUGUAACCACAGAGAGUAGCGCCACUCCGGCCACAACCAAACUGUUUGCCGUCGAUGCCCGGCCAGCCAAAGAGGACUCGCCCCCGCCCAAUGUGGCCGUAUCCCUAUCGCAGGACAAUGUCACUGUUUCGAUUUCGGAGCAGCCGCAGGUGCCCGGCGACAAUAAUGCUGCCGUAGAAUUGGCCAUCGUGGAGCCGGAGGCGGAGUACGUGCUGGUGGAUAGCAGCCACGAUGGCUUCGACAUUGAUUUGGACCCCGACUUGCAGCUGGGCAGCUUCACGCACAUCGACAGCGAUGUCCACUUGCAGCCGGCGGUGCACUCAGUGGAAAUCGUGCCCACCAGCUUCGAUGAUCCUUUGAUUGUCAAUUACGUGCACAAUUUGCGAUGACUUGUCCAAAAGGACGAAGCAGGGGAAGGCGUGGUUAUGGUAGUGUCCCGGCUGAACAAUUAUUCCCCAUCCUUUGCUUCCCAGGACUCUGUUAAAGUUGCUUUUGAUCUGUGUUUAUUUUGUAUACCUUUUAUUUCUUUUUAGUUUUGAUUAUUAUAUAGUUUUAAUGGAAAAUUAAAAGUAUAUUAAUAAAAUCUUUGAAAUCAAAAUAAUUAUAUUUUAUUUU